UCUCCACACACACACACACAAAAUAAAAAGGCUCGGAGGCAGCUGGCAGCCGCACUGAAACCGCAAGCCAGCUAUUAGAACUUUCCCCUAGUGGUUAAAUACUUGAUCACACAGCCUACUCUUUCCAAACACUCUGCCCACUUCACUCAAUCGGUGUGCGCAGUGGUGUUGCAUUUUCGCCUCAGCUAAGUGAGCUGUGCCAAGCAUCAACAAGGGGAUACGAUGAAGCUUCUUCCUGUCACCGUAGCUCUCCUGGCCCUCUUCCUCGUUGCCUCGUACCAGGAUCUCACCGUGGCUGCAGAUGGUGCCGCGGCUGUUCCUGACAGCGUGUGCGACGGCAAGUGCAAGAAGCGGUGCUCGCAGAAGGUGGCCGGGCGGUGCAUGGGCCUGUGCAAGAUGUGCUGCGGCAGGUGCGCCGGCUGCGUGCCGUCGGGGCCGUUCGCCAGCAAGGACGAGUGCCCCUGCUACAGGGACAUGAAAUCCCCCAAGAGCGGCCGCCCAAAGUGCCCUUAGAUCCACUAGGAACUGGAUGGUGCUUCUCCCCAGCUAGUGAUAGUGACGAGUGCCGUGAGUUGGAGGUAGGGAUUAGCGAGCUUUGUUCUGAAUAAGUGGUGUUAGAUCCGGUCGAGGAGAAGUCCCUUCUCGCAUCCUGUGUCCUGGAACUUCGCAAUUCUUCUGUGUGUUGUUUGGUGCAGAGUCUGCUGACUAUGGUACUCGAAAUGUCAUCGACAUUGCUCUAGGUGGGCGAUUGCUGAAGAA